AUGUACCGCCUCGUGCUCUUCUGUGUCCAGUUUGGAGUUACAAUGUACGAUGGCAACAAGGGACAAUCCUUUGAAACCGAAGUCUUUGGCGGCAUUCCGAAUAGCGCAGGCGUGUGCAGCUUGAAAAUUUGCACAGUGAACCAAGAGCGCUACAGUGACGGCAUGACGUGGCUGCACGCAACUUUUCCCCAAAAUUUGGAAGAGGUUCUCGUUGUCGCGUGCAUUGUGCAGACGUUGCUCAUGAUCGCAGCGUUUGCAAAAUGA